AUGCAGUUCUUCACCGUUGCCUCCGCUCUCUUCGCUGCUGCUAUCGCAGCCCCUGCUCCCCAAACGACCGGGUGCCCUAACCCAGCUCACUGCGGCCCAGCCCCCGACCCAUCCAAGUACGAGAACAUCGACAUCAGCGAGUUCUACCUGCGCAAGAACAACGGCAUCCAGAACGCCGGGUUCAAGCUCUCGGGCAACAACGUCACCGAUAUCACCUGCGAGAUUGGCGUCGUUCCCAGCCUGCCCUCUGAGGUCACCACCUGCGGUAACAGCUCCUACCGCUUCAGCCUUAUUGAGGGAAAGCAGUCCGACUACGGUCUGGGUAUCUACCAUCAAACGGCCCCCUUCAGCGGAAAGUACUCCUCUGGAGACGUUUCUACCUACUGCCAUGCUGGUGGUGAUGGCCCUGACGACUACGUCUGCUCCCAGACCGAUGCCUUGACCAUCGUCAUCACUGGACUGUAA